AUGGAAUCGAUCUGGAAGUCCGGCGGAGAGCCUAGCGCGUGGCAUUUCAUCGUCGCUGUCUACUUCGCCUUCGGGUUCGUGGCUGUGAGGUUUUUCCUCGAUAAAUGCGUCUUCCGUAAGUUGGCCAUCUGGUUGUUGAGCAGAAGAAAAACUUUGCUGAAACAUGAUAAGAAAACAAGUGAUAAAAUAGUGAAAUGUUCCGAGUCCUUGUGGAAGUUGACAUACUAUGGUACCAUAGAGUUUUGUGUUUUGUUAACUGCCUACCACGAGCCUUGGUUCAAUGAUGUAAAGCAGUACUUCAGAGACUUGCUGGACCAAGAGCUGACGCUCUCUUUGAAACUUAUCUACAUGUGCCAAUGUGGGUUCUACAUGUAUGGCAUUGUUGCACUCCUUGUAUGGGAAACUCGACGGAAGGAUUUCUCUGUGAUGAUGUCUCAUCAUAUUGUGACUGUGAUCCUGAUUGCAUUUUCAUACCUGACAAGGUUCUUCCGUAUAGGAGCUGUUAUUCUUGCAUUGCAUGAUGCCAGUGAUAUAUUCAUGGAAGCUGCAACGACUUUUAAGUAUGCAAAGAUAGAAAUCGGAGCAAGUGUGUCUUUUGGUUUGUUUGCCCUGUCUUGGCUUGUGCUUAGACUUAUAUACUUCCCAUUUUGGGUCAUAAGAGCAUCAAGCUACUACUCGGGUGAAGUCAUCAACCUGUCGGACCCUUACUAUUGGGGGCUAUACUAUGUCUUCAAUACAAUGUUAUUCACCCUGCUCGGUUUUCACAUCUACUGGUGGAAACUUAUAUGUGCAAUGAUCAUAAAGCAGCUGAAGAGUAAAGGCAAAGUUGGGGAAGAUAUACGAUCAGAUUCAGAAGAUGAUGACUAG